CUUGUCCUUCCUUCCUCCCUCCCUCCCUCCUCUUUCCCGUUGUCACUCACACUCACCGACUGCCGGAGAAACACGCGUUUAAUCCACCGGCCUGCCUUCACACCGACAAGACAAAAAUACACAGCACACCAUGAGUUCCGUGGACUUUCUGGCCCAGGAGAAGAUCUGGUUUGACAAACCUCGCUAUGACGAUGCAGAGAGACGCUUCUACGAGCGCACAGACGGCUCCUCACAAACCGCAGAGGUGCCCGCAGAGGUACGCUCAACAGAGGUACGCUCAACAGAGGUACGCUCAACAGAGGUACGCUCAACAGAGGUACGCUCAACAGUGGUACGCUCAACAGAGGAUGUCGGAUCCAACACCAUUCUGCAGGACAUCGCUAGGGCCCGGGAGAACAUCCAGAAAUCUCUAGCAGGACUGAAGACCACACUGUGUAACAGAGGGCAACCUCCCCUGAGCCAACAGUCCCAGCUUAGCGUCAGCGGUGCAGGUGAUACAGGAGAGAUCAUCUGUCGCAUCAAGGGCCUGGAGCUGGAGAACCAUAGCUUACACCAAGUGGUGGACGACUUGAGGGCUGCACUUUCCAAACUGGAGUGUCGGGUAGCAGUUCUUGAGAAGUCUCCUGCAGCAGGGACCCCUGCCGCUGCUACCUCAGUACCAUACACAAACGGCACCACCGUCCAGCAGCAGAAAAGCGCCCCAGUUAAAGUCGAGGAGGAAGAGGAGGAGGAGGAUGAUGAUGAUGACGACAUGGACCUGUUUGGUAGUGAUGAGGACGAUGAAGAGGCAGAGAAACUCAAAGAGGAGAGGUUGAAAGCGUACGCAGCGAAGAAAUCCCAGAAGCCCGUCCUCAUCGCCAAGUCUUCCAUCUUAUUGGACGUCAAACCUUGGGAUGAUGAAACUGACAUGGUGAAGCUGGAGGAGUGCGUGCGCUCGGUGCAGGCUGAAGGCCUGUUAUGGGGCUCGUCCAAACUGGUUGCCGUGGGUUACGGUAUCAAAAAGCUCCAGAUUGCAUGUGUGGUUGAGGACGACAAGGUGGGAACAGACCUGCUGGAGGAAGAAAUCACCAAGUUCGAAGACUAUAUCCAGAGUGUCGACAUAGCAGCUUUCAACAAGAUCUGAUUCCAGUGUGUCCCUUUCUGUCUUUCGUCACGCCUUGUUUCUCUGAUGUGUCAACGGUUAAUAAUAAUAAAAACAAACUCUUGCACUUAAA